CCUUAUAAAGAAAAUAUAUUAAUAUAUUACCACAUGUUAAUUUUGAUUGAUUCUGAGCUUUUGGAUCCUUUUUGCUAUAGCAGUCGAAUGACGAUACAUCUUCCAGAGAAGGAUGUGAAGGCAACCGCAACCGCAACCACCCAAAGAGUGGAAGUUAUCAAGCAAACAAAUUCCAGUACUCCCGAAAAUUUGCCCUCAAGAUACACAAGUUACGACGACCCUCGUCACUCUCUUUUAAUCGAUACAUCUUCCAGAGAAGAAUGUGAAGGCAAUCGCAACCGCAACCACCCAAAGAGUGGAAGUUAUCAAGCAAACAAGCUCCAAAAGAAGACUAAUGGGUUUGCCCUCAAGAUAAACAAGUUACAACUACCCUCGAUUAAAAGGCUAAGAAUAUGUGGAAC